AUGGCACCGUCACCUAUCAUCCAGGCAACGCUGCAAUCUUCCCUCCUGGCAGCCUUGUCCAAUAUCCUCGCGCAGGCCAUCACCGCAUACCGGAACAACGAAGCCGUGACAAUAGACUGGGUGCCCGUGUUCCAAUAUGUCCUCUUCGCCGUCGUGAGCACGCCGCCAAACUUUCUGUGGCAAGACUUUCUCGAGUCAACAUUUCCCGCACACCCCUCCCCCAAACCCCCCUCAGACUCCAAGAAAAAAUCCCCAUCAUCACAGCCUCCUCCUCUCUCCCUCACAAACACCGUCCUCAAAUUCCUCCUCGACCAAACCAUCGGCGCUGCCCUCAACACACUCCUCUUCAGCACCUUCACCCACUCCCUGCGCCAAGCAAUGGUCCACGCCCCGCGCAUCACCAACUUGCCCUCCGCCGCAAAAUACUGGUCCAGCGCCGGCGCCGUCGACUUUAACCGCGUCGACUUUGCAAGAGUCUGGGCUGCGUCAAAGGCUGAGUUUUGGGCCCUCAUGUUUGCUGCUGCGAAGCUCUGGCCCGCGGUGUCGCUCGUCAACUUUACGCUUGUCAAGUCUGUGCAGGGGAGGAACUUGGUUGGUGCGUUGGCGGGAGUUGCGUGGGGGGUGUAUAUCUCGUUGGCCAUGGGGAACUGA